AUGGCCCAAAGAAAGAAAAAGACUAGCGUGCAACGAUUCUUAAAUCAUCCAACGCGGCGCGGACGACGGGCUUUGCUUGCCCAUGCGCGGGCGCCGGGGGCACCGACACAGUCGACCUCGCGCUUAGUUGUGCGUGAUCGGGUAGAAGAAGUGGUGGUCGCACGAGUCGACGCACGAGUGGCACAUGGCGCCGAACGUGCCGAGCAUGGCCGCGCGGCCGUUCUGGAGCUCGCACGUGAGCGCGCGCGUGCGCGCGGCGGGGUCCGUGAUCUGCUCCGUGAACGGGUAGCCGCCGGGGAUGGUGCCCGCCGAGCCGUCGUAGCCGCCCGGGAGGUUCUGCGGGCCGCCCGUGUACUGCGACGCCGGCAUGGCGACGGUCUCGGCGAUGCCGCCGAAGAGGAGGAUCUGGGCGAGGCCGAACGUGGGCACGUUCGAGAGCGCCGCGAAGCCCAUGCCGUCCUUGAGGAUGUCCGAGAACUGGACCGAGCCGUCGAGGGUCAUGGAGCCGGGGAAGGUGAUGCCGAGCUCCUGGACCAUCAUGCCGAGGAAGGCCAUCAUGGAGAUGCGGCCGUGCUUGAUCUCGACGGCGCGGCGGCGGGCGAGGCCCUCCGUGUCCUCGAACAUGAAGCCCGAGGGGGUGAUCGGCCCGGGGUCGACGCCGAUGUCGCCCUUGACGACGACCUUGGAGGCGGCCUGCUGGCCGGGGGCCACGAAGGCGACGGCCGGGGCGGCGAGGAGGGCGAG